AAGCCCGCGAAGCCACAGGCCACAGCCCGGGCACGUGACCGCCAAACCGUCAGUUUUAACAGUCCAAAUUCAUAGAUUACAGACGGAGAGAGACAUUGAAGGAGAAGCAGUUGAAGUCGCGAAGUAGCCAUUCGAUUGUUCCGGAAAUCCCUCGAUUUUCAGAGCCACCGAUCCGAAGCUCCCGCAAAUGACGCUCAAAAAUCCUCAUUUUUUCAUCGGUUUCGAGCCCGUAAGGGAUGCCUAUGGAUUUACUGUGAGGCCUCAACAUGCUCAAAGAUACAGAGAGUACGCUUCUAUCUAUAAGGAAGAGGAAGAAGAAAGAUCAGAUAGGUGGAAGAGUUUUCUUAACAACGAAGAAGUAUCUGAUCAACAGCAACAUCCUAGCAAAGAGGAGGACAGGACUGAGGAUUCUGAAAGCAGGCAGAGAGAAGCUGAUGAUUCAGAUAGAGAGAAGCCUCUUUCUGACAUUCAGACAGAAAAUAAUCUUGAGAAAGAGGUGCCACCUUCCACACAAUCAAAACGCCGUGAGGUGAAGACAUGGACUGACAUUAAAUCAUCUCUAUGUGCUAUUGAAACUGUGAUGGCAUCUCGUGUAAAGAAGAAAAAUUACUUGAAAGGUGACCAGUUAACAUCUUCUCCUGAUCAUCUUCUGCCAACUGAAGAGUCAAAACCUUCAAGGGGAGAAUCUGGGGACGAGGAUGAGAACGACAAUGUGAUAUUGGAUGACAGUACAAGAACAGCUGCUGAAGGAUGUACUGCAGAUGAUGGAAUUUCUGUAGAAUCUUCUGUACCUUGGAAGGAUGAACUUGAGAUACUUGUUCAUGGAGGAGUACCAAGAGAUCUCCGGGGAGAGGUCUGGCAAGCCUUUGUUGGUGUUAGGGCACGUCGGGUGGAGAGAUAUUACCAGGAUUUGCUUGUCUCUGAAAGUGAGAAUGACACACCAUUACUAGACAAUGAUAGUAAGGGAUGCAAUAAAGAAAAAGCUGAUGUGCCAGAAAAAUGUAGGAAGCAGAUUGAGAAGGAUCUUGCUCGAACUUUUCCUGGGCAUCCUGCAUUGGAUGAGAAUGGUCGAAAUUCUUUAAGGCGCUUACUUAUGGCAUAUGCUCGGCAUAACCCAUCAGUUGGGUAUUGCCAGGCAAUGAAUUUUUUUGCUGGUAUAUUAUUGCUCAUGAUGCCAGAGGAAAAUGCCUUUUGGGCCUUAUUGGGUAUUAUGGAUGACUAUUUUGAUGGAUGUUUCUCACAAGAAAUGAUAGAGUCUCAGGUUGACCAACUUGUUUUUGAGGAGUUGAUGCGUGAAAGGUUUCCUAAACUGGUGAAUCAUCUAGAUUACUUGGGAGUGCAGGUUACAUGGUUAUCUGCUCCUUGGUUCCUUUCAAUAUUUGUAAAUAUGCUUCCAUGGGAAAGUGUUCUUCGAGUUUGGGAUGUACUCCUGUUUGAAGGAAAUCGUGUCAUGCUAUUUCGAACUGCACUUGCUUUGAUGGAGUUGUAUGGUCCUGCUAUAGUGACAGCUAAUGAUGCAGGAGAUGCCAUCACUUUAUUACAGUCCCUUGCUGGUUCAACUUUUGAUAGCAGCCAACUUGUGUUGACUGCUUGCAUGGGUUUCUUGAAUGUAACAGAAGAUAAAUUGAAAGAACUAAGAGAAAAGCAUCGGCCAUCUGUUAUGUUGUCAAUAGAGGAAAGAUCAAAAGUUGGUAUAGUUUUGAAUGAUCAAAAAAGUCUUGCAACUAGGCUCUAUAGUUUCAAGCAUGAUCCUCAAUCAAGAAAGAAACAAUCUAAAGUGGAGGAAGGGCCUAGUGAUAAGAAUGCAGACACUGAAAAAUCACAUUCCAGGACUAGCUCUACAAAUCUGGAAGAUUUUCUAAACAGCAUGACAUCAGAUUCAGAAGUAGAUUCUGUUCCAGAUCUUCAAGAACAGGUGGUAUGGUUGAAGGUUGAGCUAUGUAAUUUGCUGGAAGAGAAAAGAGCAGCAGUACUCAGAGCUGAAGAAUUGGAAACUGCCCUUAUGGAAAUGGUCAAGGAAGAUAAUCGACGAGAAUUAAGUGCUCGGGUUGAGGAGCUGGAGGAACAGAUGGAGGAACUGCAACAAACCCUUGCAGAUAAGAAAGAGCAGGAGAAUGCAAUGUCUCAGCUUCUGGUGCAAUUUCAACAAGAGCAGAAGAUAACUGAAGAGGCUCGGAUUGCUGCAGAGCAAGAUGCAGUUGCUCAAAAGUAUGCAGCACACAUUCUUCAGGAGAAGUAUGAAAAGGCCAUGGCAUCCCUUGCUCAGAUGGAGAAGAGAGCUGUCAUGGCAGAAUCAAUGCUGGAAGCAACCAUGCAAUACGAAUCUGGCCAAGUCAAAGCUUUAGCUUCCCCAGGGGGAAGACCUGAAUCUCCAAGGAAUGCACCUUUGAAAAAGAUGAGUCUACUGUCAUUUGGGCUUGGGUGGCGAGAUAAGAACAAGGGAAAGCCGCCAAUUGAUCCAUCAUCCAUGGAAAGUAAACCUACUGCUGAAGGACAGGACACAAGCAGUAGUCAACUUCAGAAUGGGCUUCAAGACGAUGACAAUGCUACUGCUAAAGAUUGAAUGCUUGAAUCAGAACAACAUCCACACCUAUUAUUGGCAGGUAGCUAUCAAAACACAUCCUCUUCAGUGUUGCUCUGUAAUUUAUUGCAACAAAAUACCUGUCCGCCUUUUCAUUCUUUUUUUUCUUUUUCUUUUUUUGUAUCCCCCUACUCUGUACAGUAGAGAUUCUUAAAAUGAAGAUUUAGACAUACAGCUAUUUGAAACCAUGCAUAUUUGGCCAAAUUGUAAAAAAAUUGUAACUUCUGGGAUGUGCCUGAAGAGUGCCGAUAACUAGUCUACAUUUUGCA